AUGGAAUCUUUUCUUGUUGAAUUCGAACCAGUUUCUGCUAUUACCAUCUUAACUGCUUUAUGUAAGCAUGUUGAGACAGGUGAAUGGACAGAUAACGAAGACCUUGAAGUAGAAAAUUUUGUGAAGACUCUCAACAGAUUGUUGAUACGUGUAAAAGAUGCUGAGAGAUUAAGCAAGCUUCGUGAUUUAAAAGAUGAUGAUCUUUUAAAACAACGU